AUGUGCGGACCGAACUCGGGACGCGAUCGCUGGACGACGACGACGCUGUUGGUCGUGGCCGUCCUGUUGGCUGCCGGAGAAGUCCACGUAAGUAUAUUUUAUAACGUUACAUAUCGAUUAUCUUGUUAGGGCUACAACACGGUUGGUCGAGGAAUGUAUUGUUUCUACAAUGGUGUUUAUUUUUUUCGCGGACAACUUUUCUACCGGUAAAUGUUUCCGAUUUACACGAACUGCAGUGUAAAAUAACCGAAAAUGAGGAGUUUAACGUAUACCUACAAUUUAGAAAAUAAUAAUAAACUGGAUUUUAAAAAUGGGUACUAUAACUCGCGCAUGCGUAUUUGAUAAUUGGCAGUACGUUAUGUUAUGUAUAAACUUCUUUAAGUACCUAUUAACUAUUUAACGUAACUAGAAUCCUUAGACACAAACACUCGAUCAAAAUGUUUCAAUUUGUUUGUAGGUCCCGCCCUAAUGUGUAACAAACUGGGCAGGUACCAAAAAUUACCUGUAAAUGGUUAAAUAUUUGUUACACUUUUAUUUAUUGGUAUCGGUUUUAUAUUAGGUACCUACUAUUUGUGGUUAUUAUUAUCAAAUUCGUCGUUAUACCUAAUAAAGAACAUUCGUGAUAAUUUCGAUUGAGAAAAUAAUGCAAUUAUGUUGUGUUUAGAAGAUAACUAAUGUGAACGUCGUAUUCGGCUACGGCCUUGCCGGAGUCUUACAACGAUUCUUGUAACACUUAACGGCCGUGGCGCGGGCGUGGUCAUCGUCUAUCCACGGAAGUUCUUCAAAUAACGUUCGUGGAAAAUUACUGUCGGCACCGCGUCACUUCGGUGUUCGUUAAUUUGUUGUUCAGUUUUCGUCUUAUCCCGUCAGAAACCGGGUCGCGAGUGUUUACACGUGCGCGUAAUGUAAUUAUUAUUUUAGUGAGUUUUUUCUCCCGUUUGUUCUAUUAUUUCACUUUACAACGAACUCAAAUAAACAGUACGUGACUGCGUGAGUACCCACUGGGCAAGUCAUCAUUAAAAUGGAAAACCUGGGUCUCGAUUUCGCGGACGGAUCGGUCGUCUGUUUUUUAAUACUGUUGUUGCUCUUUUUUAGAAAUCAGUAUUAAAAUUGUAAAAAAAAUAAAAACUAACGAAACAGCUAUGCUUGAUAAAUUUGAUGUUCCCGAAAUCGAAAUGAUACAGAUUACAGAUCUAAAAAUAUGGAGGAAACCUUUUUUUUUUUUAUCGACGCGAACAUAAUAUCACGAAAAACGCAUGGAAAAAUGAAAAUCUUGAUACACCCCAAUAAAAUAUACUUAUAAAUAGAUAUAACAUGCAACAUUAACAAUACAGUGCAAUAGUCUCUGGUUUUGGAGAAAAUCCGAUCAAAACUAUUAUACAUUACGGCAACUUUAUUUUUCCACCAAGUACCUAUCUACAGUUAAUGGAAAUAUGUUGUAUCAAUUAAAUUGUUGACAUUUUGGCUGGCCCAAAAGAAUUAUGUUCAUACGAAUCUAAAUACCUUAAUACUUUAAAAAAAAAAAAAAAAAUAUUCGAAACGUCUAAACGCUUUUAAAUAACCCAAAAACACUAUAAUUAUAUUUUGAAAAUUGUCAAAACGCUAGUACACCGAAUAACCGUGGUAUUCCACGUUCGGCCGCGUGUUGCAGAAUCUCAAGUGUCGCACGACGGACCAGUCGAGGCGCCAGGGAGAAUUUAUCGACAUAGCGGAACAAUGUAAAAAUCAGACGGCGAGGGGAAUGCCAUCGUCAUCACAGGAAAGCGAUUACCCGUCUGCUGCGGGUUACAACAAUGGCAGCAGUCGUGACAACAGGAUAAACUCUGGCAGGCGACCGGGUAACCAGGACGGCCGGAGAAACAAUAAUCGAGAAUACAACGUGCACCGACAGGAUUUUGGUGAUAUCUACGGCCAUGGUUACGGUAGCGGUGACCGUCAUAACAGUAAAAGUGAACACGGUAAUAGUAAUAGUGACCGCGGUAACGGCGGUGACCGCAGUAAUAGUGACCGCGGUAACGACGGUGACCGCAGUAAUAGUGGCCGCGGUAACGGCGGUGACCGCAGUAAUAGUGACCGCAGUAACGGCGGUGACCGCAGUAAUAGUGACCGCGGUAACGGCGGUGACCGCAGUAAUAGCGAAAACCGGGACUCGACGUCCUGCAACGUCCAGCAAUCUUCGGUAAGUGGAUUUCAAAGUAUUUAAAAGUUUUUAAAACUAUGUAUUUAACUGAUAUUUACAAUUUAUCUUGUCGUGUGAAAUUUAAUUUUUUGAAUUAUAGCUUUUGAAAUGAUAGUAUAUAUAAUGAUGUAUCCAGCACAAAGGCUGGGCAAGUUAAUGAUGUUUUAUGUAUUUCACACGACAAGUGUGUCGAGAACUCUCCUAAAUUUUUAAUAUUUUUUUAAACUCGGUGUAGGAGUAUAACGGUGGCCAACGAGGGGACCAUAAACGGCAAGGGAAUUCGUACAAUCCUAGUGUCGAUUACGACGCGAAGCAAUCGAAUUUCAAUAUUAGACAACUGCAGCAAACGAGACGGUACCGCAGAGAUGUUUACAAUAAAAAUAAUAACCGUCGGGGUGCAGCAGCGACGACGACCGGCAGAGGCCGACUGUUGGGAGACAACCGUUUCAGAAAUGUGACGAAAAACGGAUCUAAUCAAGCCAAAGGAUCGAUUCUCGAAAACAUGGACGCCGUAAGAGUAUAUUACUUAUAUUACUUAUAUUACCAAUUUUAAACCAUGAUUCGAGUAGAUCUAUUUUUUAUAUUAAAAUGAUUGCUCACCGCAGUUUAAAAUUUAUCAACAAGUAUGAAAGUAUUUUCUCUAUUUCUGAAAAAAAUAAAAAUGCGUGACUUUUAAAGUAAAGAAGUUAGAUUAAUUUUUUAUGAGGGAAAAAUAAUAAUUAAAGAUAAUCUUAAAAUAAUAACCUACGAUUUUAAUAGUUUUAAAAAAGAAAAAAAUUAAGUAUAUUUUUUAAUAAACUUGAAUCCUAGACAGUUUUUUGAGAUAUAGGAUCAUUCGAGUCUAGUUACCAUUAGAGUUAAACAAACAUAAGUAUAAUAUAUGUAGUUAGUAGGUACACUACGCCAAAUGAAUAAUAAUAUAUGAAUAUGCUUAAAAUUAAUUAUGUGAUGAUUUUUUUACAGUGCACAAUACAUUGUGUAUUCAAUCAACUAGAAAUGGUAAGUUUUUUUGCUAAAUCGAAUAAAUGUAUCAACAAUAAUAUGAGAAUAAGCUUUCCAGGAACAUAUUAUAGCGUAUUUAAAAAUAAAUAUGAGAGAAUGAGAAAUCAUUGAUGAGUAAUCACUAAUCACUGUUUAAACACUUACACUUUGUUUAAAAAAUAUACACAUUUUUAUAGUAACAUAGGUAAUAUUAUAUAUUUUUAUAAACAUAUAAAUUAUUUUUUUUUUUUUAUUCUGUAUGUGCUACAAUAAAAAUUAUAAUAUCUAAAUGUAUUAUCUUAGAUAGUUAUUGGCCAGUGGCAGUUAUAAUUGAAGUUCAAAAUGGGUGACGAAAUUAAGUAAAAUUUUAAAAUCCCCCUUCACCCCUAAAAAGUCUAGAAACUAUUUUUUUUGGUACAAAUAGUAAAAAAUGAUGCAUUGGUAUUAUUACUUAGAAAACAACUUUAAAAUGAUGAUAAAUAGCCCAGAAAUUACAAAAAUAUUUAGACACUGUUACCACGUUGAUAAAAGACUAAUACCUAUAUCUAUAAGUAUUCUGUGAAAAUUCCGGAUCUCUACAAUUGUUUUAAAUCAAAUCAUGACAAAAAUAGAAAAUUGAAAUUAAUAAAACCCUGCAUUAUCCCAGUUUACUACGAAAACCACAAGGAUAAUUUAAAAAAAAAACCUCCUUAAUGUACUAACUAGAUAGAUCCAAAAUGCUACAAAAAAAAUUUCUUAUCCUAAGGGAUCGUGGUAGUGGUGUGUAGUGUCGCACCCAUAUAAAUAAGCCCAUGACUGACGGCUGGUUGGAUGUUUGGCACAAUUGAUCAAAAUUACCCAAUCCGAAACUGUUACGACCAAAUUAUAAUUACCCUACACGUAAAAUAAACAGAAAUAUUCUACUAGUUAUGCAAUUUAAACGUUUAAUUAAUAUUUUAGAUUCUGAGCGUGGCGAGGGAGCUAUUGGUUUUACUAAGAUGUUUAUUUCUUUAUUUAUUUUUUUUUCUUAUAAAAACUUCAUACUUUUCAAUCCAGACCAAUUUGAACCAAGCUCACAAAUUUUUUCAAAGCCCGGAUCAGCUCAUUUCGGAUUAUAUAGGUAUUUUUUAAAAAAAAACCAACCCCCGCACUAGGAUAAAUAUGGUGAUUAAGAACCUAAACCAGAUCGUGCACAUAAAACAAAUUAAUUGGAAACCAAAUAAUAUGAUUUCAUUUAAUUGACUAAUCAUCAAAUUAAGUAUUAAUCAAUAUUAUAUAUUUUAAUAUUUAUUUUAUCUUUUUUUUCUUGGUUGAACCGUGACACCUGGCGGAGUUCCACAUUACUUCCACCAGAGAUAUUUAUUUUACCAGGAUCAUGUCUAUUGUCUACUCAGUUAAAACAUUACCACUUGAGUUUAUAAAUAACUAGAUAAAAAUAUUUUAGACAUUUACAUUUCACAGUGUUACACGUAUAUCCUACGCUACAUUCGACAGUAAACAACGUUUAUUUUUUAAUUUCCUGUUUCGACGUAAAAUAAUAUUUAAUAAGUCAUGUCUUAUCAUAACGAACACAUGCUAUUUAAAAAUAAUUAGAAAUAAAUUGACAAAUAAUACUAUUUUUCCAAGCAUAAAACCCAGACCAAAAGACCGGAUCAAACCACUCCAGUGAUAUUAAAAACAUACAUUAAAACUUCCAUAUAACGGUCACCGAAAGGACUCGAAAUAAUGACCGCUAUUUAGAAAGGUGACUGUCCUUUAGAGGUUUCCUAUAGAGGCAUAACACGACGGGACCAAAAAAAUGACCGUUAUACAGAUGUGACCGUCAACGAAAGUUUUACUGUAUUAUGAUUUGAACCAAACCUGACCCAUUAUGACUAUCUUAGACCCGAAUACCUAAACCAAGAAAUUAAAAAGCAUGUUGAUCGAACCGGAUCUAAUACGGAUCCCGGUCCGGUCCGGGUUGACCCUACUAGGUAGGUACUACUUACCUACCAUUUGCAUAACUUAUACCUAAAUUUACUUAAACCACGAUGGCAACAUCUGACUACGGUGGAAAGUUAGGUUGACAAAGCAUAAUCAUAUUUUUAAAAAAGACUAGUUUAUGUAUUCAAUACUCCGGUGGGGUCACUAGUCCUCAUUAUAAUGUAAUUAAAGUAAUUAAACCAGGACAAUACUUAAUUUUAAACAAUUUUAAUUUUUGCCUGACAGCUGAAUUCUGCAACCUCCCGUCCGGACAAACCGUCAAUAGUGAACAUUAUGACCAAUCAUAUAAAAGAUGUUGAACUAAAAGAAUUCAUACAGGAUUCUAUCGAAGAAUGCUUUGACACUCUUGAACUCGGUAAGUUAACUUGAUCAAAAUAAUGUAAGAAUCUUAUUAUUAUUUUUCGUAAUUAGUUUUUUUAAAAAUGUUAAGAAACAAUCAGCUUUAAAAUAUGCUAUAUUAGGUAGGUACCGUUAUUUUUUUUCGUCUAUAUUUUUGAAGUAAAACUACCUAAUUUUGACUUUCAAAUAUAGCAAACCAAUAUUUAAAAAAAAAACCGAUACUAGGAACGAGUAAUACCGUUGUAGGUAGAUAGUUGGGAAGGUAUAGGAUACAUAGUUAUUUAUUCGGAGCGAAGUUUAGUUAGAUAUGUUCUGAAAGGCCAUAAUAUUUAAAAUUUUCGUCAAAAUUUGAUGUUCAAAAACUUAUAAAAAAAAAUACUACAUUACACUCAAUUUUUUUUUUCGACUACUAAGUACAACUUAUAAAUUAUAAUGGACCACCUGUUAAAUUUCUAAGCACUUUUGUUUAUUCUAAAAAUUUAGUCCACAGAGUAGGUACCAAAUAAAAAUUACGUAAAAAUAUCACAAAAUUAAAAUGUAUAUAAAUAGUUCAAAAAUGGCUCAAAUAUUUUGAAUAUUUUACCAAAAUGUUAAAGAAAAGUCGAUAUAAGAUUUGUCAAAAUGUCAAGUCUCUACAAAUAAGUUUAAUUGAAUUACCUACUACUAACAACAAAAUUGAAAAUAAUGAAAUUAUUAUUUUACAAACGAUUAUGUUGCUGUUGACAUUUUGAAUUUCCAUUAAUUCAUGAAAUUUGUAAUAGAUAACUACCUAUUUUUCUUUUUUAUAGACAAUAAUCGAUUUUCUGUUUUAAUGUGUUUUAAAUUCUUAGUGAAACGAGGGAUCAAUUGGUUUUACUAUUUUACCUUUCUUGUUGCAUUUCGGUUCUAGUUUGUACUUUAGUAAGGUCACUUUUUGAAAGUCUCCUUAAUAAUUGAGAUAAUGAGGAAAACUAGUUCUUCAGGUUAAAAAUAAGGUUGCCAUUGUUAACUGUAUAUAUUAUUUUAAUCUUUUUAAAACAAUGGUUGUUGUCAUGAAAAUGCCCAUUGUUGAAAAAACAAAAAUAUUAUCCGAGCUCCAAUCAGAAUCGUUUUGCUUUAGUAAUUAUUAAUUGUUGCGUACAGAUAUAAAUUAAAUUCCCCUAUAUAUCCUAUCUUCCCAACGUCCUAACUACUACAGUGGCCACACUCGUUCCCAGUAUCAGUAUUUUGUUUAAUGCAUUUUCAACCUGAUAUUGUAACUAAAUUAGUGUAUCUAAAUUCCAUACUUUUUUUUCUUUGUAAAAAUGAUAAACCAUUAAAUAAUCAAUUUUGUCUUAGUAUGCUUUGACACACCCUCCCACAUUAUUUGUAGGUAUAAUAAUAAUAUAGUAUUUUAUUCAAUUUCGUUUAGACUCUCAUAAUACAAAAUGCGAAUUUUCUAAAAACUUUGCAAUUUGCAUGGAGAAUAAAGCACAAAAGGUAAAUUUUAUUCGAUUCUUCUCAACUUAAAUGUUUAACACUAUCGUCAAUUAAAAAUUUUGUUUCCCCUAUUUUUUUGUUGCAGAACUGCGAUGACUGGGACGAAAUCGACAUGCAGUCUGCAAACAAGAUGAAUUCCGCCCAAGAAGGGAACAAUAACCAACCAGAUAAAAGAAAAGGAUAUUAAAAUUUAUUAACUUUUCAGAUUCCACUAUAAUACCAAAAUUUGUACAUGUGAUUGAUUACAUUUUUUUAAAUCGUUUAUAGAGUAGUCAAGUUAAUAGCUUUUUAUUUUAAUGUCAUAAAACUAAUUUUACAUGUUAAAGAACAUCAACUACCUAUUUAUAUAUACACUAUUUAUAGUACGAAAAUUGUUUAAGUUUUUUGUAGCUUAAACCUCGAUUCUAAGUGUUCCCUAUCUUUAUUGUUUUGUAGAAUAAUAUAAAAUAUACAAUAGUGAAAUUUAGAGAAUAGAAAAUUAAAUUUAGAGCACAUGUUUUUAAUCUGGGAGACGCAACUAACAAAGGGGUUGAGAGUAAAAUAGAUUUAGAGGGUUGCCAAAAACCAUAAAUAUCAUACCUACAUACUGUUUAGUUUAUAGUUAUAUUAAACAAUUUUUAAAGAAGUCAUCUUACAUUUAAAUAAAAAUUAAGGGGGUCGUGAUUCAUAAAAGGUUGAAAACCACUGAUCUAGAAUGCCAUUCUCGCAAUGGCUAUUAGUGCAUCAACCAAGAAACAUAUUUUUAAUAAAACAGGAUUUUUAGUUUACAGUUAACAAUAUUAAUUUUUUUUACAAUAAAUGAAUAAAUUGUAAUAUAAUUGUUUCCUUAAUUAAAUUAAUUUAUUUUCAGUACUAUCUUAAUACCAUUAAUAACUUGAAUAACAUUGAAAAAUAA